ACAAACACACACAGAUCCAGCAACGACAAGACGUGACAUUUCCAACACCCUACGUAUCGAACGUGAGGAUCUGACGCAGGCUCUCUCUCCUGCCUGCCGGACUCCGCCGUCUCUCCUUUACUCCGCCACUAACACUAGCUCCUUCACCCUUGGUCGAGGCUACGGCUGUGCACCGAUUGUAAAGCAACGCGGUCAGCAGGGGUCAUGAGGGCAUCGGAGGCCCCGGUUGCCGUUCAGAGCAGCUGAAGCAGACAUGGCCAGAGAAGUCCCUCAAAUGGCACCGGCAGGCUCAGCCUCAUCGACCUCACCAGCCGCAUACUCCUUCGCCGCAACCACCACUGGCUACGCAACAAGUUCUCUGUAUUCGCCAGCCUCUCCCAGUAAGACUUUGCAAUGAGAAUGUCCGACACGGUCGACACUGAAACGAUGAAGGUUUCCGAAGCCGCCGACGCAGUGCCGAUGGUGAAAGACAACGCCGCCAACUCUGAGGCCGCCGACCAGAGCCAGAGCGGCAGAGAAGAACACGGCAGCAACGAUAAGAGCGACGCACAGUCCAACACCAGGCUAAAGCUCGUGCGGAGCCUGGCGGUGUGCGAAGAGUCCUUUCCUUGCCCUAUCCCUGAGCCUUCAGCAGCACCUCAGGAUGGAUUCCUCCUCCAGCCCUCUGAAAAGGAAGAGCGAGCCGCGCAGGACCAAGCGGAGAAAGAGGACGGCUGCGACAAGGCGGACAAGCCCGAGAAAACAAAGAGGAAGAUGCUGUCAAGAGAUUCCAGUCAAGACUACACCGAUUCCACUGGGAUAGAUCUCCACGAGUUCCUGGUCAACACGCUGAAGGGCAACCCCAGGGAUCGAAUCAUGCUACUGAAGUUGGAACAGGACAUCUUGGACUUCAUCAGCAAUAAUGAAAGCCAUAAGAGAAAGUUCCCGCCCAUGACGUCCUAUCACAGGAUGCUGCUGCACCGAGUGGCCGCCUACUUUGGCAUGGACCACAACGUGGACCCCAGUGGGAAGUCAGUGGUGAUCAACAAGACCACCAACACUAGAAUACCCGAUCAGAAAUUCUCAGAGCACAUUAAGGAUGACAGGACGGACGAUUUUCAGAAACGCUACAUUCUUAAACGAGACAACUCCAGCUUUGAUCGCGACGACAGCACGAUUCGAAUGCGUUUGAAAGCUGACAAGAGGAGCAAAUCGAUGGAGGAGAGGGAGGAGGAGUACCAGCGAGUCAGAGAAAGGAUAUUCGCACAUGAUGGAGAUCACUUCAUACUAGAUAGGAGCGCUCAGGAUGAAGGCGCAUGCAUGAGCACCCAACAGAGGCGGCAAAUGUUCAGGUUACGGGCCGGCCGGUCGGGCGCCAGCCGGCAGAGCAGCUCCGAGACGGAGACGCUGCCGCGGCACGGUGAGCCGCGGCCGUGGAGCAGCACCGACAGCUCGGACAGCUCCAACCGGCUCGCCCCGCGGCCCGCCAUCACCAAGGCCAGCAGCUUCAGCGGCAUCUCCCCCUGCCUCGUGCGGGGGGACAGCACGGCCAGCAGCAAGAGCACCGGGAGGCUCUCCAAGACAGGCUCAGAAUCGUGCAGCAGCGUCGGCUCCUCGUCCAGCUCGCUGUCCCGACCCCAGCUCCCCCUCGCGGUCUCGGUGCCGUCCUGGUCCAGCAUCCCCAGCGCACCUCUGAUCCACCCGGCCGCCGACACCAGGGGCUCCGGGCACCCCGAGAUGAUCAAGAGCGUCCCUCCGCAGCCCCCGCCGGCCGCGGACGCAACCAGCUAUUACGUGUUGCCGCUGGAGGCCUCAGGGAUCCCGCCCGGCAGCGUUCUGGUCAACCCGCACACAGGCAAGCCUUUCAUCCACCCCGAUGGCAGCGCCGUAGUUUAUAACCCGGUCACUGGCCGGAACCCACAGCAGGUCAAAACCCUGCAGCAGCUAAUCCCCGCCCCGACGCAGCAGCAGCCGACCAACCACCUCCACUCCCAGCCCGACGCCCUCAGCGCCCAGUUCAGUCACAUGACUCUGGCGCAGCAGCAGCAGCAGCCGCCCAGCGGCGGCGGGGCCUCAGCGGCGGACGCUCGCCACUAUUCCGCCGUGUACCACCAUCACCACCACCACGCCUCCCCAAUGAUGCUGCAGGGAGGUCCGCAGCAGCAGCAGCAGCAUCAGCAGCAGGUUGCAAGCUACAUGGUGGCGGGGCCAUCGGGGGUACACCCGGGGUUGCUGCAGGGUCAGCCCGUCUCGCUCCCGACCCAGGGCCCCAACCACGCAUAUCCCAGCUCCACGCCGGGCCCCGCUGCUUUCCCGGGGUCUUCGCUGAACCAGCAGCUGCUCCACCAGCACGCCUACAUCCAACAGCCGGUCCAGCAGAUGUCGGCGUGCUACUGCUCGUCGGUCCACCACCCGCACUGCUCCGGCCAGCAGCAGCACUACCGGCCCCCCGUCAACCCGCUGCCCUACAACUGCCCUCAGAGCCAAAACCUGCCCCAGCAACAAGUGCACCAAGCCAUGAUGCCCAACCCGGCGUCCAGCUACCAGGCCAUAGUGGGAAUGCAGCCAACAUCCAGCCUGGCUCUCACCGGCAACCAGCAAAGCAAUAUGGGCAACCAGAUUCAGGGCAUGAUGGUCCAGUACCCUCCAAUGCAGUCUUAUCAGCUUUCUGUGCCACAGCAGCCCUACCAGCAGCCAGUGUUUGUGUCCUGUCAGCCGGGGCAGGGGGCGGUGGCCGUGGCUGGCAUGCAGCCCUGCUACAGCCUGCUCCCCCCGAACCAGCACACCACCAUGAGUUCCACGGUGAGUUUCCUGCCCGCCCAGAUGAUGGAGCAGCUCCAGUUUUCUCAGACCUCGUCCCCCUGUGUCUCCCAGCAGCACCCAGGCCAGCAGUAUGCAGGGUUGUUACCCUCGGGCCCCGGCGGCGGCAUGGUGAUGCUGCAAAUGACGGCGCCCUCCUGCCAGCAGCCCCGGGCCCCCUCCCCCUGCCAGCGGAAACAGCCCGGCCACAAACACCCGGGCCCCGAGCACCAGCGCGGACGCAGGCUCGCUGAGCUCCCCGCGCCUGCAGACAGCGCCCAGAGCAGCCUGCCAUUGUCCCCGGCGCUCACUCCCUCGGCAGGCCAGCCGCCCAGCUUCAAGGGCCUCCCGUCAGGCAUCUCGUCCAUCCCUGUCAUGGCCCGCCACCCGCACCACCUGCACCACCACCCGCCGCUCCCUACAGCCUUCUGCCACAGUGGACAAGGUGAAGCACACUACUCUCUACUGGGCAAACCUUUGCAGUUCAAACCCUCCAUCCGACCUCCGCUGAUCCACACUGCCCACAUGGUGGCCACACACCAGGGUCCACUGGGGGUUUGGCGUAGCGCUCACGGGAGAAAGGCCAGCAGAAAACCUCUGUCUUCAGAUCUCAGUGUAGGUGAAGCAGUGAGCAGUCAGAUCCUGGAAGUGACGGACCCUCUGGAGGGGAUCGGCUGUACAGACUCCCACCACCUCCUGGCAGAGCUCUGCAGAGAGGGCGAAUUGAUCCAGCGGCUGUCGGACCAUCAGCCCCGGCUGCGCAGCGUGGCCAGAGACUCUCCCGGCGGACGCCUGGCCUCGUCAUACUCCAUCUUUGCCAUGCUACCCCCCAGAUACGCCGCCCCGAGCACCGCGCUCCACCGCGGCGUCCCCCGGGCCACCUUCAAACUCCGAACUAGCGCCAGACACACCGGGGAGCUGUGUGGCCCGGACGGGGCCGGCUCAUAGCUGCUAUAAACAUCUCGGGGUGUCUAAGGAGCGCCACACGGACGCACAUCCAACCACCUGCCUCUGCUGCCUCAGUCUGGACCGUUUCGGUUCAAGUCCCAGACUCUGUCCAAAUAAAAACAAAAAGAAACAAAAAAUAUAAUUUGCAAAUGUAUAAUUUUUUGUUUUUGUUCAUUUGAUCUUGCUGGCCAACAGCCAGCGGCAGCUGAGCUGGCCCCUUUCUCUAUUAAAAUAAAUAAAUAAUGUAGUUUGCUAUUCAAAAGUGAAAGUGUUUGGAGAGCGAGAUUCCACUGUGGCUCUUUCGAUAGCAGGUGUACGAGUGUGACGGCACCACAUCGAGCUAAACGUACACACAACCUACUAGUUUCAGGUUUUUGUGCCCACUUAAGAAGACGUGAAAAUGAGGCUCCGUACCAUAUCGAACUGAGCAUUCAUAUCCAAGUGGUUAUUUUUAUUUUAUUUAACAUUCAUCAAUAAUUCCACCAUGCGUGUCCUAGCCACUGACUCGUGACACUGAGCGGCAUUUAUCUCCCGACUCCAGACAAUAACACGCAGCGGCACUUGUACAAUGUUGAGCCCAAACAAUAAUAAACACUGAAUAAUAGAUAUACUA